GUUAUUUAAUGGCAGCCAAAGCGCGGUCACACUGCACAUCAGCAGCGUGUUGCGGCCCAAUCGGAAGGAAAACAAGCUGAAAUUGACCGAUAUUAGUGCAAUUAUAUAGCCGAGUUGCAUUUUCCUUGCUGCGGGCGCGUUCGAGAGUGAUGCGGAGAUGUGCGCCGACCUUGCCGGGAGCCACUGCCGCCGCUGUUCACCCCGCCGACCGCGAGAGUCGUCAACACGUCACCGUUCGAGCCAAUUAAAGACUUGCAUUCCCCGUUCCGUUCCCGCUCCCCGAGCCCCCGACCGGCCGUAGACGAGGAUUACGUAUAUAUGCGCGUACGAUGGGCAUGCAGGACGACCUGGAUGGCAUCGUCAGGCAGCGUCGCCGUAACCUGAGCUUCCUGCAGCUGCUAGCGCUCACCAUGGCGGGCUUGGCGGCCAUAGAUCCGGUCCAGGUGCGGGCAGGGCACCUGAACGCAGACUCGGAACUCCAGACGGCCGGAUCAUCCCAUCCCCCUGCCCUCACGCACUGCGUGGAUCAGGAGGAACGCCGGAUCGGACGUAGACUCCUUUACAUUACAACACUGGACGGUCGGCUGAGCGCUCUGGACAUCGCCAAGUCUGGAAAACUGCGCUGGAGCGUGCCGACUGGACCCGGACCGCUGAUCUCAUCCAGCAUCCACCGCCUGGAGUUGACCAACAAUGGACAGUUUGUGCGCAUGAUUCCCUCCCUAAGCGGCGGCAUUUACAAGUUCGACGGCGACUCCAUUGAUCCGAUUCCCAUCACAGCGGAGCACCUACUUAGCUCCAGUGCCAAGUUUAGUGACGAUUUGGUGAUUUCGGGAGGCAAGGAGACUCGCUCCUACGGCGUUUCCGUUCGCACAGGCCAGCUGCUGUAUGAAUGCUCUCUGAGUGGAUGUGUGAACUCCACGGAGGAUGGACUGGCCAUCGAUGACACCAUUAGGGAGCCCGAUGAGGAGGAUGAGCCGGAGGAUGGUGACCAGCUCAGGGACGAGGCUGGGUACGUUGUGGGCCAUGAUCCGCUCCUGGACGAUGUUAUCGUGGUGCGCCGCCAGACACAGACAGUGAGAGCUGUCGAAUCCCGUACCGGAAUGGAGCGAUGGAACUUCAGCGUGGGUCAGCAUGAGUUGGAUCUGGUGCGACCUUCCGAGUGCCAACAGCAGCCGCGCGAUGAGCUGGAGCUUGCUGUCCUGGACGUGAAUAUCAAGGUGGUGGUGCCCGAGGGCAUUAUCUGUGCCUUCAGCAAAAGUGACCCACAGACCAUGCUAUGGAAAUAUAAAUUCGAUCAUCCGAUUGUCAGUGCCUGGAAUACAAAUGCCGAGGACGAACUGCAGCCUAUUGAUCUGUUCAGCUCGGCCCAGUGGCUGUGGGACCAGGACCAGGAGGACCAGGAGCUGCCCAACGCGCCACAGAGCCCUCCAUCCAUCUACUUGGGCAUGUACGAUAAACAGCUGUAUAUUCAGGAGUCCAUUCGUCUACGCCAGGAGAUUAUGGACCAGACAAGGGCCUAUCAGCAGCUCACAGGCGACACCAGUCUAAUGCCCAAGAUCCCAUGGAAGCCGAUAGCCGCCAGCAGCAACUCUCUGGUCAUCUUCCGGAGAGAUCAAGAGGAGCCCGAGAUGAUAGCUGAGGGAACGGGACCCCAGGGAGGAGAACUAGUGCCCUAUGAUGACCAGAAUUUCGCUGUAGCAGCGCAAUCCGUAUUAAAUGCCUCGGAGUUUGUCAAUGGCAAUGGAUUUUACUUUUACACCACGAGUGAACUGGACGGUCCGUCGGAGUGCGGUACUCAAAAUACUCCCAACGGUCUCCCCGCUAUCAAAGCUCCAACGCCUCCAACCAAUACCACAUCAGAGGGAACCGAGCAUUCGGGCAACAAUAGCAUUAAUGACGAUCUGGGCUUUAGUCUGGACGACAUUGAUGCUCCUGUGAAGGUGGUGAUACUGUCGCUUUGGUUUUGGUGGAAGGAGAUCGUGGUCAUCGCCUUUACCUCGGCAGUAAUUCUCAAUAUUUUCAUGGGACAGCGAAACCAGCGAGUAGAGCGCGAGUAUCUCGUCAUUGAACGUCAUGUACCAGUGCAGACGGCCAUCGAGGCCACCGAAGCAUCCACGCAAGCUCUACUGGGUCCCGUGGUUCCGACGCAGCGUCCCGGAAACCGUUUUAGCUUCCCGUCCGGUCGCGGAAACCAGCGCACCAUUUCGGAAUCCACAACGCAUUCAGGAGAGUACUACACCUCGCGCUUCCAGUCUGACUUUGAGUUGAUGCAGUGCCUCGGACGUGGCGGUUUCGGAGUGGUUUUCGAAGCCAAGAAUAAGCUGGACGAGAACCGGUAUGCUAUAAAGCGCAUAACGCUGCCCAAUAAGGAGUCUUCAAGGCAGCGAGUGCUGCGUGAGGCUCGCACAUUGGCCAGCUGCGAGCACCACAAUAUCGUGCGCUACUUCCAUUCGUGGACCGAAACUCCGCCAACUGGCUGGCAGGAAGAGGAGGAUAGGAAGCUUCUCGCUCACGAGCUGUCCACGUCUAUUCAGAUAGAGACGCCGGACGAUAGUACAAUGCCCUCGCUGGCGGAACAAUUGCAGAAGAAACGACACCAGCAGCUCUUGUCCUGGGUCUCGGAUGCAGCCAAUAGCACGGCCUGCAGCCAUGACUUUCACGGACAUGGCGAGUCAUCGCUUAGGAACAUUAGAGAGGAGUAUGACGACGAUGAGGAGGAGGAUUCGCUUAUUGAGUUCCGCAGCGAGUCGCAGUCAGCCGCUUUAAGGGCAGGCGAGGAGGAUGAUGACGACGACGAUGAUGACGAUGAUGAUGAGGACGAAGCGGAACAGAACGUAAUUAGGCGUCACCAUCGCAGCUCCGUGUCCAUCGAUAUCCAUUCGGCCUCGUUCGACCUAAAAAACAUUAACUACUCACAGAAUCAGCUGGUUUCCAACUCAUUUCAAAUCGAAUCUGUCCGCCCCAAGAGCAAUGAGAGUGAUGAAGCGGAGGACGAUAACAAGGCUCGGAGGAAGCCCCUUACUCUGGCGCUGGCCCAGAACCACAAUAACAACCAUAACGGGAGCCAUGUCACGCCACCAAGUGCCACGAUUCAGAACGGAUCGUUGGCCAAGCCCAGCAAAGUGUACCUCUACAUACAGAUGCAGCUGUGCCGCAAGGAAAGUCUGCGGGACUGGUUAAGAGAUAAUCGAUCGGAGGCCAGGUCAGCCCACAUUGCUGACAUCUUUCACCAAAUCGUUGAUGCCGUUGACUAUGUGCAUCUGAAGGGGCUUAUUCAUCGGGACCUGAAACCGAGCAACAUAUUCUUUUCUCAAGAUGGGCAGAUUAAGAUUGGAGACUUUGGUCUCGUUACCGACAUGGCGGAUAUUCCCAAUCUGGUGGCCAAGUGCGGGGAUCAGAGCGGACUGCCGUCCUGCGCCCGUCAUACGCAGCAGGUGGGCACCCACCUGUACAUGUCGCCGGAGCAGCUUCUUGGCCAGCACUAUGACUACAAGGUUGACAUCUACUCGCUGGGGCUGAUCUUUUUCGAGCUUCACGUGUACUUCUGCACCGAAAUGGAAAGGAUCAAGACGCUGCGCAGUCUUCGGGACGGCCAGUACCCCAAGGACUUCGCUGUCAACCACCCGCAACAGUAUGAACUUCUGCAGCAGAUGCUAUCCGCCCACCCAGAGCAGCGUCCGCAGACUAGACAGCUGAAAACCCAGCUGCACAACAUCCUGCCCCAUCAACUGUCGGACGGGCGCAUCGAGCAGGCGGCACUGGCGGAGCGGGCCAGGCGCCUAAGUCGCAGCCGCACCUUCAGCAGCUCCAGCGAGCCGCAUGAGUGAUAGACCAGAGAACAUAACAGCGCCAAGUUCAGUCAUCAGUUAGCAUUUCGCUUGUAAGUCAUCCCUACCGCCAUCGGUUAACCCUCACCUGGCUAUGCCUCAUUCGCUGACCUCGACCUGGACAAGUCGAAGAUUUAUUUAAGGGCAACUCUAGAUUCGAUAAGUUUUGUAUUACGUUUACCUUUUAAACUCUUGCGUGUCGCAAAGUACCAACAACAAAAUGUCCUUUUGUUUUUAAGACUUUACGUUAGGAAUUAUACAUAUACAUAAAGAUGUACUCCAAAAACAGUCGUUAGCCUAAGUUGAUGACCUACGAUGCAAAAUUGUUUGUCUUAGUUUGUUUCUACCUAUGUAGCCGCCCAACCAAUGCGAAAGUUUGUUUUUAGUCGUAGGCGAUAAGAGAUAAAAUAAAAAUGUCAAAAAUAGAAA